GGUCAUGGCAAUGAGGCAUUGGCUAGGAAGCUUCACUGUCACCCUGAGAGCAGUGAUUGAAGGCCAUGCAUUUUGCCUCUGGUCAGGAUUGGCACAUUUAUUGACCAACUUGAUACCUCUCUCAUACACCUGCCACAGCACUUACCUAGCUGUACCAUCCCAUCACAUAGAUCACUAUUCACUACUUAUACUACCUGAACCCUCUGAGCUUUCUGCAUUUUCCAGAUCCAUCUUCACUAGCAGUAUUAGGGUUUGAUAAAAACAUAAAAAUGUUCCUAGGGUUGGACUUGGAAUACUGGCUGGUGAACCACCCAACAAUAAGAAACUUCUCAUGGAUACCAGGCAAAACCCUAGGUUCCUCACCACUGUUUCUGUGCCUCACCAUCCUCUCAUACCUCUUCUCAACCUUCAUCCUCCCCCACAGGAUACCCCUCCCAUCAAUCCCCCCACAAAUCCUGAAACCAAUCUCAGCACUCCACAACAUCUCCCUCCUCCUCCUCUCCUUCAUCAUGGCCCUAGGAUGCCUCCUCUCCGUCUUCUGCUAUGCACCUCAUCUCCAAUGGAUCAUCUGCCUCCCCCCCCACACGAAGCCCACCGGGCCUCUCUUCUUCUGGGCCUACAUCUUCUACCUCUCCAAGAUCCUAGAGUUCGUGGACACGCUCCUCAUCAUCCUCAGCAACUCCAUCAAGCGCCUCACCUUCCUCCACGUCUACCACCACUCCACCGUCGUCGUCAUGUGCUACAUCUGGCUCCAAACCUCCCAGACCCUCUUCCCCGCCGUGCUCUUCACCAACGCCUCCGUGCAUGUGCUAAUGUACGCCUACUACUUAUCCUGCGCACUCGGGGUUCGCCCUAGGUGGAAGAAGCUCGUCACCAACGUUCAGAUCAUGCAGUUCUACUCCAGCUUCGGCGUCUUGGGUGUCAUGCUUUACUAUCACUUCACUGGCUCUGGCUGCUCCGGGGUUUGGGGUUGGGUCUUCAAUGUCGUCUUCUACGCUUCUCUUCUCGCUUUGUUCGUCGACUUUCACAAGAAGAGUUAUGGUGCUCCUGCUGCAUCCUCCAAGAAAAACCUCGCCGGUGCUAAACCUUCCAAGCCCUUGUUCUAUUUCAAUCACACUCACAAGUUUUAAUUUGUGGCCCUAAAGCAGUUGCAUUUAUCGUCUACCAACUACCCAUCGUCAAAAUAAAUUACUUGUACUCGGCAGUCGAUGGAUCUUCAAAAUGUUUCAUGCAACUGCUCUGCUUUCCUUUUCCUAUCUUCUGGCAUCUCUGCAGGU